AAUAGUAAUUUCCCGCCUCUACUGUGAAGGUGAAGGGUUCAUCAGUGUCCUAGUUUCUAUUGUUAGAACAAAUGUCUCCGCCCAGCAGAGCUCAACUACGUCCGCCAUAAGGAUUUAUUUACCCACGUUCACAACGUCCAACCUUCAGUUUUUGCUUCGGUUCAAACUAGACUCUGACAAAAUGAGUGGUCGCGGCAAGGGAGGAAAAGGACUCGGUAAAGGAGGCGCUAAGCGUCACCGCAAGGUUCUCCGUGAUAACAUCCAGGGAAUCACCAAACCCGCUAUCCGCCGUCUGGCUCGCCGUGGUGGAGUGAAGCGUAUCUCCGGUUUGAUCUACGAGGAGACCCGCGGUGUGUUGAAGGUGUUCCUCGAGAAUGUUAUCCGUGAUGCCGUCACCUACACCGAGCACGCCAAGAGGAAGACUGUGACCGCCAUGGAUGUGGUGUAUGCUCUGAAGAGGCAGGGCCGCACUCUGUACGGCUUCGGAGGUUAAAUCACCGUCUCAUCUCACUGCAACACAACGGCUCUUUUAAGAGCCACCCACAUCACCUCAAGAACUCGUUUCUGUUGAUUUAAUACCGCUGUGUGUUCCAUUUGACGUGGUUUCCUUUAGGUUACUUAUAUUGAGUAAGAAUACAAGUGUCCACAGUACCAUCUAUGUAACGCAAUCGUGAUGACAUUACUAAUACUUAUAAAAACAACAUGGAUACAUAUUAGCAGGCCUGGACUGGCCGUCGGGUUAGGGUUGUAGAGGUGGAAGAAGUAACCUACUCAAAUCUUUGUUUUUUGUUUUUUUAUUAUUGAAACGAAACAUCAGUGUGAAAAUAUUGUUUCAAGUCCUACAUUCAUAUUUUUUCACAUUUAUUAGCGUCACUUCUUAAAGUACAAAAAGUAAAGUUACCCCUCUCAUGAUGCAAAGUGAUUGUAUGUGCAAAAAGCAACAACAAGGGGAACAGUAAUGUUUAUAAUGUUU